GCUUAUGAACACGCUGGAUGCCUGCCUGGUUUAUUUAUUUUUCGAAUAAUACAUCUGAAUAGGCAUUCACACAAGACAGGGCAAACAUAAUUUUGAGGCAAAGGCCCUUUCCAACUGUUGCCCGAUUAAUUGUUCUAAGCCAUUGUGUAGCUUUAUCCUUAUCCUGUGGAGUCCAAAAUUUAUCCCUCGCAUACUAAUUAGAUGGCAGGUGCCUGUGUCUGACAGUCAAGAUUCGCACUAUCCAGCCCCACCACCUGACCCUUACAGUCUUAUCUCCUGCUGCUAUGAGUUUCUCCACUGGGCCAAACUCCACCCAUCCACCCUCCAAGGCCCAGUUCAAACGUCUACUCUGUGAAGCCAUCUCUGGAUCUCCCUCGAGCGGGGAGGCCCCCCAUGCUUCUGAAUUUCCACUCUUUUGUUUUUGUAGCCUUCAUCAGACGCUAAGCUCCCCAGGACCUUGCACGCAGUAGGUUCCUCAAUGGAGCGUUUGCUGGAUUAGGGGAGCCUGGUCUCCAGCUUCCCGAGAGGCAGCUAAGCACGACAGCCAAAGCGGAGCUGGGCAAAGACCAGACCCGCUUUUGGAGUCAGUGUCUACAAAGUGCUCUCGGGGGAAGGGGGCACGCGGCGAACGUCGCCCACCCGGAGCCGAUCCCCCCAAGAACGCUUCACUGGGGUGGGGUUACUGCCUGGGCUGUCCCCAAGCACAGUGCACACACUUCACACAUCCACAAGCCUCCUGAAACGCCUCUCCCCUCAGACCGACCUUUCCGUUUCCUUCAACGCCUCCCAUCUGUUGUGUGCGUUCCAGUUUCCAACUCAGAGUCAGAACCCUCAUUUCCACAGUCUCCUACAACAGCCCGGGGACGCACACAAGGCACGGGUUACUUUUCAGACGGGGAUUUGGGGCUCAGGGUCCAGCGACUCGUCCAAGGUCACUCUCAAGAAGUACGAGGGCUAUGACUUUGACCCAGGCCUUCUAACUCCCCGGGCAGCGCUCCUUCCAAGCCCCCCGCAAGCGGUCUGAGCUUCGAAGGAAAAAGUUAAAACGUUUAAAAGUGAUUCGUAUGUUCCAAAGCACGCACAAAGUGUGUUCUUCUGUGAACUGCGGAAUGGGUCGCUGAUAAAAGGUCCCUCUGAAGGUUUGAAGAUACCCAACAAGGCUCCACAGAGGGCACUUUGGAGUCUUCCGCGAAGGCGCUAGCCCCCUAAAACCGACAAUGCCCCUAAAACCGACAAUGCCCAGACGCCCCCUGCAGGCAGCGCGCUAGAGAACGCGCGUUGGCUGUUUCUGGCACGCUGAGGCCACCGUACGGCAUUAAGGGUGAACCAUCGAGGCUAGCAGAUCCCGCAACCUGACAGGUGUGCUGGCGUGGCCCUUUACCUGCCCCGCCGCGGCGGCCUGCGGCCAGGAAAAGCAGGCUGGCGACAUCUGGCGGGCCGCGGGCCGCGGGCCGAGGGAGAGGAGGCGGGGCGGCGUCUCCCUCACGUGACCGCAACGGCGCCUGGCGCGUAGUUCUGCGCCCCAGCCCCUGGGUCGGUCACGGUCUGCGCCUGCGCGGGCGCCGGCUCGCUAUCGGUCCUGCGGGACGCGGGUGGCGAUGGGUUGGGGAAAUGGACGCCUGGAGAACGGAAAUCCAGUUAUCAAAAUUGACUUGAGAAGAGAGAACCUAACAGAACAAUAACAAUGGAAGAAAUUGGGAACAUUAUCACAAAGCUGUCAUCCUGCCAAACUCCAGGCUCAGGUGAUGUCACAGGUUAAAAAAAGUCCUUCAUGAAAAAGAAAGAUCUUAAGCAACAUGAUGGAUUCAGAAGCUCAUGAAAAGAGGCCACCAAUACUAACAUCUUCAAAACAAGAUAUAUCACCUCAUAUUACAAAUGUUGGUGAGAUGAAGCAUUACUUGUGUGGCUGCUGUGCAGCCUUCAACAAUGUCGCAAUCACAUUUCCCAUUCAGAAGGUCCUCUUUCGACAACAGCUGUAUGGCAUCAAAACACGGGAUGCAAUACUUCAGUUGAGAAGGGAUGGAUUUCGAAAUUUGUAUCGUGGAAUCCUUCCCCCAUUGAUGCAGAAGACAACUACACUUGCACUUAUGUUUGGUCUCUAUGAAGAUUUAUCCUGCCUUCUCCACAAGCAUGUCAGUGCUCCAGAGUUUGCAACCUGUGGCGUGGCGGCAGUGCUUGCAGGGACAACAGAAGCAAUUUUCACUCCACUGGAAAGAGUUCAGACAUUGCUUCAAGACCACAAGCAUCAUGACAAAUUUACCAACACUUAUCAGGCUUUCAAGGCACUGAAAUGUCAUGGAAUUGGAGAGUAUUAUCGGGGCUUGGUGCCCAUUCUUUUCCGGAAUGGACUCAGCAAUGUCUUGUUUUUUGGCCUUCGAGGUCCCAUUAAGGAGCAUCUGCCUACCGCGACGACUCACAGUGCUCAUUUGGUCAAUGAUUUUAUCUGUGGAGGUCUAUUGGGUGCCAUGUUGGGAUUCUUGUUUUUUCCAAUUAAUGUUGUAAAAACUCGCAUACAGUCUCAGAUUGGUGGGGAAUUUCAGUCUUUCCCCAAGGUUUUCCAAAAAAUCUGGCUGGAACGGGACAGAAAACUGAUAAAUCUUUUCAGAGGUGCCCAUCUGAAUUACCAUCGGUCCCUUAUUUCUUGGGGCAUAAUCAAUGCAACUUAUGAGUUCUUGUUAAAGGUUAUAUGAAAAAUACCAUCAGUUAAGUGCCAUUUAUCAACUGAAUAGACCUUCUAAGAAGAAUGCAGUUUGACCUCUUUCUUAAUUGGCCGAAUACAAGUUGGUGUCAUGACUCCAGGGCACAGUGAGUUAUGGGCAAAGCUGUUUUCCUUCAGCAUCAACAAAACAGAAUAAAAGGUUCCAGUAGGAAAAUACAAAAUUUUUUGUUUUGUUUUGUUUUCUGUUUUGUUUGGUUUGGUUUUUUUUUUUUAUCAUUACCUAAGAGCUUUAGGCUAAUUGCCUGGAAAAUAGCUGUCCAUCUGAUGGCGUUUGACAGGGAACCUAAUCCCCAAGAUAGGAUUAUUUUUCUCAAACCGGCCUUGAAGUCUCCUGCAUUGAAACAUAAGUGGCUGUGACUGGCCAGAGAGAAGGUCCUCAGGGGCCAGGGGCUCCUCAAGCUUCCUUUGUUACUCCAUUGCUUGCUUCUCUGCCCUCAGGAGCAGCUGCAGAGGACCUUCUUCAUUAGGCUCAAGCAUAUGACAAAGGGGCAGAACAGAGAAGACAAACAGCUUAUUAGGUAUAGCCUUUUCAUGAUAAAUUGCUUGUAUUAUUUUUGAAACUAAGCACCUGUUGGAUAGUCAUUGUACUGUCUCUGUUUAGAUAUGGUAGAUCAAGGAGCUAUGAAAGUUCUCGUUUUGCUUUCUAGGUUUGGAAGUUUUCUGUUUGAUUCUGACUGUGACCUUCAACCCUUCCAAAAUGUCCUUAUAAUUUCACUUAUUUCAUUGCCAAAAGAUGAAGGGACUUAAAUUUUGUUAUAGGUGUUCCAUCCUGUUAACAAGUUUUCAUUUUGUGUAUAGAUCAAAUUCUGUUUAGCUUGGUUCCUUUCAGUUAUUGGUGCCAUCUCAGCAAAGGUCUGUGGUUAUUUUUCCCCUUGAGUAGGAGUUGGUCAUAUUCGAACAUCCUGUUCUCUUAAAACUCUCCUUUUAAAAAGUAAACGCUUCCAUAACGUUUUGUUUUGGAGGUCUAUUAAUGGAAUCCCACUUACUUCCCCCUAGUUUCUAAAUGUUACAGAGGGGGGAAAAGACUCAGGAUAGUUUUAACCACCCCCCCCCCCCCCCGCCCCAGUGUUCGCCGUCUUUUAUUUUACUCUUGGAAAUAGAGACUCCAUUAGGGUUUUGACACUUUGGGAACCCCGUUUUACCAUUGUGUCAGUAAAACAAUAAGAUAAUUUGAGAGCAUACAAUCUAAAUAAAGACAUUCGAAGGGUUAGUUUGAAUUCUAAAAGUAGGUAAUAACCAAAUAGCAUUCUCAUCCCUUAACAGACGAAAACUUUGUCAAAGGAAUUAGAAAAUGUGAAAAUAUUUUUUCCAGAUGAAACUCAUAUGCCACUUCCAAUUGACUAAUGAAAUAUAAGAGACAGACUGAAAAAGUGGAUUAUGAAUCUUAAAACCCUUUCUGUAAAUAUUAUGUAGCUAAAGAUUGAUUUCCAGCUUCUGACAUGACGGUAGGUUUCUUGUUAACCAGUUUUUCUUCUUUCUGGGUAAUUGCAUGUGAAUAUAUGCACAUACUGACCAAAAUAAAAUCGGGGCUGCAACUUGGUAGUUUACUGAAAGUUCCUGGGCAAAUAGUCCAUAAAAGCUGUUUACCUCUAAAUGCACUAUGGCUGGUUAAAUACAGUGAACAUCCUUCUUCCAGCUGUAAAGGAUGAAGUGUAUUAAGCAUUGGCCAGGCAGUAAUAAAGGUAAAUAGCUCUACAGCAGCUCUGUCUGAUAAUGUUGUGCUGGAUAUUGCAGUUUGCUUUCAAGGUGCAGAUGUAAGGAUUUAAAAAAAAUAAUAAUUUGGCACCAAAUAAAUAUGAGUAGCGUCCUUUGGCCUAUUAAAUAGAGUCAGGAUUUGAAGGGAAUUGAGUUUGAGAAAUGAAUAAAUAAAGGCACCUUGGUGCCUGACCCCCUCAUUCAUGUGUGUGACUCUGUCAGUAGGUGUGUCCAGCUCCUCAGCCCAGGGCAGGUGGGUUAGCCUGGGAAUAGACACCAUUGGGCCUUUGGUUUUGUUGGGCUUCCUUUUGACUUAACACUCCAUACAGGUGGUAGAAAUCUGAGUUCUAAAGCACUUUUGUGAAAUACAAGCAAAGUGAGAAUUCUAAGGAAAAUGCUUUGGUUUCUGCUGUCUCAAAUAAGUGGCGUUUAAAAACAAUUAUUAAUAAAUAUUUUUAAUGGUUUUAACUCAGUAUUUUUUUUUUUUUUUAAAUUUCUUUGUCACUCUUUACAGCUUUUGAAGACCAAACUGCAAAUACAUUACCAGGGAUGGUUUUGUGUUGUCCUAUAGGCUUCUUAAAUUUGACAAAAAAUUUAGCAGAACUUGUAACCAACAGCUUUGAACUUGAAGUCAAAAUGUAUUGUUAAUAAGAGAUUCUAACUAUUGCUUUUACCUUCAGUGUGAACUAGUGUGGUAACAACUUUGAAAAGGCAGGCCAGGCGUGGUGGCCCAUGCCUGUAAUCCCAGCACUUUGGGAGGCCAAGGCGGGUGGAUCACUUGAGGUCAAGAGUUUGAGAACAGCCUGGCCAACACGGCGAAACCCCAUCUCUACUAAAAAUACAAAAAAUUAGCCGGGUAUGGUGGCACACGCCUGUGAUCCCAGCUACUCGGGAGGCUGAGGCAGGAGAAUCGCUUGAACCUGGGAGGUGGAGGUUGCAGUGAGCCGAGAUUGCACCACUGCACUCCAGCCUGGACGACAGAGCAAGACUCUGUCUCAAAAAAAAAAAAAAAUUGAAAAGACAAACAUGAUUGAAUAUCUGAAAAGCUUUAAAAGUGGCCUUUCUGUUACGUAUGUGGCACAAAUGGCUCAUGAGUACAGGACACUUAUGGUCUUGUGUCCUAUACUUCAUGUGUGAUGCUACCAGAAAUGUUAUGGAUUCUGUAUUGAACACACUGAGAGUGGUAUGAGCCCUCAGGACUGCACCACAGAGUAAACACAACCUUGAUAUGGUGACGAAUAUAUGUGUCUUUCUUGUUUCAUUUGUGGUUGGGGACAAAAUCGAUGUCUUUGUCUAAAUAGUCGAUAUUCAUCUUAACAUGGUUGGCUGUAUAAUCACCGGCUAUAUUGUGAACUGUGCAAUAAAACAGAAUCGUGUGUAUAUAAUUACCUUUGGAUACCUGAAAUUCCCAAGCUUGGUUACAAUGUAAUGCUCAGUAUAAGGCUGUGCAAACAUGUAAGGGAAUAAUGGUGGUCGAUGGGAUAUAUGAAAUGGGAUCUAGAGGGCUUCGAGUGAAGCCAAUCAUGUUGAACUAACACUGUUUCAGUGUAGAUGAAGUAGAGUGAGGCGUGUGCAGUCAUAAAAUGAAGGGUGGACAGGAGAUUACAUUUGAAGAAAGGGUAAGCACUCAGACUUGGUUUCUUUUAAAUUAAAGUAUUUCUUUUAUCAUGUGCAAAUGCAUAUCAAAAACUUGAACAGGUAUUCUCUUGAAAUUUGAGGAGUUUUAGUUUUUAAUGCUGUCUUUGCUUAAUAUUAAAUAUGUGUUGUGUGGGAGUCUCUAAAUGUUUCCUCUUGAAGGUUCAUUACUGAAAGUGGUUAAGCGCACAAUGCUAUUUUUGAUAGUUUGAGUUUUAUGACCAUAUGAGUUUAAAUGAAAUAUGUUAAAUGUUUCAGAGUUAACAAUUUUUUUUUUGAUAAUUUGGAAUAAAGUUUGUUUUU